ACGGAGCUUCAACUCCGAACUUCUAUAAGAAAUCGCAAUUCCUUCAUACAUUUUCUAAUUAUCUGAGAAAGAAAAAUAAAUAUUCGAAAAAUAUUUCCAAAGCAUAGAACUUCCUCUCAUGGCGGAUAUACUCUGUUCUUUAAGGUCCUUAAUGGCCUCUCACUCUCCUCCUCUCGAUGCCUUACUCGUCCCUUCCGAAGAUUUUCACCAGAGCGAGUAUGUUUCUGCUCGUGAUAAAAGGCGCCAGUUUGUUUCUGGAUUCACUGGAAGUGCAGGAUUGGCACUUAUUACAAAAAAUGAUGCAAGUCUAUGGACGGACGGCCGAUAUUUCUUGCAAGCGAUGCAGCAGCUCGGUGAUCAGUGGAAACUAAUGCGUAUUGGAGAAGAUGCUUCAGUCGAUGCUUGGUUGUCUGAUAAUUUGCAAAGGGAGGCAGCUAUCGGUAUUGAUCCUUGGUGCGUAUCAGUGGACACAGCUCAAAGAUGGGAACUAGCUUUUGCAAAAAGGAAACAGAAGUUAGUUCAAACCUCAACCAAUUUGGUUGAUGAGGUUUGGAAAAACAGGCCUCCAGCUGAAAUUAAUCCGGUUGUUGAUCAUCCCUUGGAAUUUUCCGGUCGUUCUGUCGCUGAAAAAUUGAAAGAUUUGAGGGUAAAGCUGGCCAACGAAAAGGCUCGUGGAAUUAUCAUCACAGCUUUAGAUGAGGUUGCUUGGUUGUAUAACAUCCGUGGAAGCGAUGUAUCUUACUCUCCAGUUGUUCAUGCGUUUGCUAUUGUAACAUUGAAUUCGGCUUUCCUCUAUGUCGAAAAAAGGAAAGUUUCUUCUAAGGUUAACUCUUCCUUGCAAGAGAAUGGAAUUGAAGUUCGGGAGUAUGGUGCAGUGAGUUCUGAUGUUGCGAUGUUAGCAUCUAAUCAGCUUGAUCAGGCCACGAGAGUGAUUUCUAGUCAAAAUGGUGUUUGCGAUAAUGAUCUUAUAUGGGUUGAUCCUGCUUCAUGCUGCUAUGCUUUGUUUUCAAAACUAAAUGCUAAUAUGGUGCUCCUGCAGCAGUCACCCUUGGCCCUAGCGAAAGCCUUAAAGAAUCCAGUUGAGUUGGAAGGACUGAAAAAUGCACAUAUCCGAGAUGGUGCAGCUGUUGUGCAGUUUCUUGUCUGGUUGGAUAAGCAGAUGCAAGAGAUUUAUGGGGCUUCCGGUUACUUCUUGGAAGGGGAGGUAGAUAGGAAAAAAACACCGGAGACUACGAAAUUGACAGAGGUGACUGUUAGUGAUAAGUUGGAGGGGUUUCGUGCAUCAAAGGAGCACUUCAGAGGCCUAAGUUUCCCAACUAUUUCUUCAGUUGGUCCAAAUGCAGCCAUCAUCCAUUACUCACCUCAGGCAGAAACAUGUGCUGAGCUUGAUCCCAAUAGCAUUUAUCUAUUUGAUUCAGGAGGACAGUAUCUAGAUGGAACAACUGAUAUAACUCGGACGGUUCAUUUUGGAAAGCCUUCAGCACACGAGAAGGCUUGUUAUACCUCAGUUUUGAAGGGCCAUAUUGCUCUAGGCAAUGCUCGUUUUCCUAAUGGAACAAAUGGUUAUGCUCUUGAUAUUCUGGCUCGAAUUCCUUUGUGGGGGUAUGGUCUUGAUUAUCGACAUGGUACCGGUCAUGGAAUUGGGUCUUACUUGAAUGUUCAUGAAGGGCCGCAUCAAAUUAGUUUCAGACCACACGCUCGAAAUGUGCCACUUCAAGUUUCCAUGACAGUAACAGAUGAACCUGGAUAUUAUGAAGAUGGUAGCUUUGGUAUAAGAUUGGAGAAUGUACUCGUAAUCAAGGAGGCUGAAACUGAAUUCAAUUUUGGCGACAAGGGAUACUUAUCAUUUGAUCAUAUCACAUGGGCACCAUACCAAAUAAAGCUGAUUGACUUGAGCCUCAUGGCACCGGAGGAAAUUCAGUGGUUGAAUACUUACCAUUCAAAAUGUCGGGAAAUUCUUGCUCCUUACAUGGAUAAAAAUGAGAUGGAAUGGCUAAAGAAAGCUACUGAAACUGUAACUGCAUGAUAUGCAUAUGCAAUAAAACCCAAGGAACCCUUUUAGCAUCUUUCUAUGCUUUCGCUCUAUAUCAAGAAUAAAAAUGAGAAUAAUUUUGUAAAUGAUUUUAGUUUGCACAUUUAUAUGUGAUCUUUAUGGAUUAACUAAUGCU